UGGCUCCUGUGAGGAAACAUGAUCUCUGGUGGUCGACAAGCCUUAGCUAACGUUAGCUAAAAUAUCAAACAAAGGGAUGGUUGAUAACGCCAAUGUCCUCCCAUCAGCAAACGUCGCCUAGCAAAUUAUCAUCAGCUAACGUUGUAAUGAACGACCCACCAAGAGACGGUCGUUAGCUAUGUAUCUGUUAACUAGCCUCCGUUAAUAAAAGCAUUUACCACGCUUUUAGCUAGCUAACUGAUGCUAUCCUUUAGCCCCCACGACAAUAUCCUGUUAGCAAAACACCCCGUUAAAGCAAGCCCGCAGCUGACCUAUAUCUCCACAGUGGGGUUUAUCUAACCAUCUACAUUUCAGACGUAGCAUUUGACAUAUUAUAAUGAGUUGAAAUGAAAGGGGCCGCCAAUGUGUCACUAUGUGAAUAAUAUCUAACCAAAUAACGAGUUGGCAGCAGUAACGUUAGAUAUCGUUUCGUAACACUUUGAGUUUUUCCUUCUGUAUGAUCAAGAAGAGGGUUGUGACAUUUACAAGCUAUGGAGCAGUACACCACUGCCACCACUUCUACUGGGGAGCAGAUAGUUGUGCAGACUUCCAAUGGACAGAUUCAACAGCAGACACAGGGCACAGUGACGGCUGUGCAGCUGCAAACAGAGGCGCCAGUGGUGACGGCCUCAGGCCAGCAGGUGCAGACACUCCAGGUAGUCCAGGGACAGCCUCUGAUGGUCCAGGUGAGUGGCGGGCAACUCAUCACAUCAUCAGGGCAACCCAUAAUGGUGCAGGCCAUGUCGGGGGGUCAGGGUCAAACCAUAAUGCAGGUCCCUGUAUCUGGAACCCAGGGGUUACAGCAGAUCCAGCUGGUGCAGCCAGGUCAGAUCCAGCUGCAGGGCGGUCAGACUCUCCAGCUCCAGGGCCAGCAGGGUCAGCCCCAGCAGAUCAUCAUUCAGCAGCCCCAGACGGCCAUCACAGCUGGACAGAACCAGGGGCAGCAGAUCAGCGUGCAGGGCCAACAGGUGGCACAGACGGCUGACGGUCAGACCAUCGUCUACCAGCCUGUCAAUGCAGAUGGCACCGUCCUGCAGCAGGGAAUGAUUACAAUUCCAGCCUCCAGCUUGGCAGGCGCCCAGAUUGUACAGGCAGGGGGUGCCAACACCAACACUACUAACAGCGGCCAAGGCACUGUGACCGUCACCCUGCCCGUCUCCGGUAACAUGGUCAAUGCAGGUGGAAUGGUCAUGGUAAGACCCUGUGGAGAGAUGGUCCCAGGAGGUGGUGCAGUUCCCACAAUGCAGCGUAUCCCCCUGCCAGGGGCUGAGAUGCUCGAGGAAGAACCUCUGUAUGUCAAUGCCAAACAGUAUCACCGCAUCCUGAAGCGAAGACAGGCGCGGGCCAAGCUGGAGGCUGAGGGCAAGAUCCCCAAAGAAAGAAGGCAGAAAUAUCUUCACGAGUCUCGCCACCGUCACGCUAUGCAGCGCAAGCGAGGAGAUGGAGGACGUUUCUUUUCACCUAAGGACAAGGAGGAAAUGGCUUUGGCCCUGGCACAGCAACAGCAGGAGGCAGCCCAGGCAGGAGGAGAAGAGACAUUGGAUCAGAUGAUCCGAGUCUCAUAGCACUGUCGUCAACAUCAUCUCUUCUGUCUGAACUCUACCCUGCCUGAAACUCUUCAUCCCAGCUAACCUGAUCUGCCACACCUUCUCCUCUCACUUUUACUCCCUCCUGCCCCGCGGCCAUACAUCAAACCACAGCACCACCACUAUAUUUCUUCUGUUAUCUCUCCACUCUACACUGGUCUUCCAGCGAGCUGAGCUUUGUGGACUGGUCUUCUUCUCUGAAAUGGAGGAUGCUCCCACUCUCAGCUUAUCUGGUUGAGUGUUUACAACCAGGUUUUAAUAUUCAUAAGGAUUUGUUGAGACAAUAAUGAAGCAUGAAGUAAUGGGAAACCAGGGCUAGUCACACAUAUCAAAUAGCAGCUGUGAAGCCAUGUUAGACCCUGGUCUGUUAAAAAAGAUGGUAAUUUGCCACCAGUGGAUACUUGUUGAUUUUAAAUAUUUUUUGUAAAUGGUACAGAUUCUUUUUUCUUUUUUUUUAGAGACGCUCAUUAAGCAUUGGUGUCUUAUAUUGUUUAUGUGAUGCCCUGUAUUUUGACAUUUCAUUUUUUUCAACCCAUGUACUGUGGGGUAUGGACUCGGCAUCAUAAGUCAAACCUUUGUCCACUGAGCAAAAAAUGAAAUGUGAUACUAAUGUGAAGAUAUUGUACAGAAAUAGUUUUCUUCCCCCGUGUGUAUUGGAUGUACUGACUAAUUUGCCCUAUUCUGUGGAUGCAUUUUAUACAAUUUUGUGAUUAGACAUAGUGUUCGUUGGAAAACAAUAACUCAAUGUUUUAUCACAUUACACAUUCUAUCCAUGUAGUUACUUCUUCAUUAGUCUGUUUCGUUUUUUCAUUGUAGAUAAUAGAUUUGUUUUUACCCAUCAAAUGCAGUACUGCAAUGUUCUUUCUUUUUUUUUAUAAUUGAAAAAAAAGGUGAGAGAUACCUAAUGUCAAUUAAAUUUUAUUAAGUGACUCAAGGUUGUUUGUGGUUACUUUUCCACUCCCAGUUUUGGUUAGUUGAGUUGGUCAUCUUUUUAUCACUGAUCCAAGAUAUCCGUGAGUCCAUUGGCAUCCUGUCAAAACUUCAUAGGUGCUGUAGUUCAAUAUUUGUAUACGCUUUUGGGUAGUUUAAUCAACGUGUAUCAUAUCUUCUGAAUUGAAUCAUAUAGUUUGUAUGUAAAAUGUUUAACUGCAAAUUAUUUAGUAACUAUAUAACUGUCAAAAAAUUUAGUUGAGUAAACGAUUACAAUAUC